UCUCAGGGUGAGGGGCAGGCGGUGAGGUGUCCCCCGUUCCCCUCAGGGCUGGGGCGUGGAGAGCGCUUUCCGUGGGGCAGUCGCAGGCCCUUGGGCCGCUGGAGGGGUGUCCCGUGCCUCCCCCGCCACUGGGGGCCGCCGUGCCGCACCCCCGGCCGGGCCGGGCCGGUGCGGUGCGGUGCGGGGCAGCCCGCGGUGCCGGCUUUGCCCCCGCGGCGGUGAGUAGUUCCCCGUGUGGGGCUGCGGCGUUGCUGGAGCGGGCGAGCCGGCGAGCGGGACAGUUGGCUGCUGAUGGGGUGGUCUUGGUGUAACUUGGGUUGCGAUUCUUUGCACGUAAAGUGACACAGCGACAAUAAACUUCCUACUAAAAGUAAUAAACCCAACAUACAGUGGACCCUAAAAGAAGCUGUAAGUGAAUUUGCUUUUUUGGGAGAAAGCUGCUUGUGUGCAUAGCUGCUGUGUGCUUGGUUUAUGGAUAUUCUUUCCUGCCUUUUUGACAGUUACUUCUGGCCUCUCGGAACAGCUGAGCUUGUCCUGUGUCCUGACUCAGGUUGAGGCAACUUGUUGGAGUGGGCAGGUGUUGAGUCUUGAUGUUUUGUAAGACUCUGAAAUCUCAUCUCUUUCUUAAGUGUACUUAAAAGAUCUAGCAUUGUUUGUCAAUGUAACUGACGCAGGUGCAUUUUCCAGAUGCUUGCGCUAGCUACACAAAAGUGACUUCCUUGAGAAACCUUUUAAGUACGAGUCCCCAGAUCUUCUGUGUAUUCUUAACAGUAUCUGCCUGCUCUUCCAUGACAGAGAUAAGCUAAAUCUCAAACCUGGUACAAGUUAAUAUAAAGCUAAUUGUAACUCACUUGUGUGAGGCUAUCACUAUGCUCUAAUUUCCUCCCUGUUAUGUUUUACUGUAAUUCGUGCCCUUCAUAAUGGUGGUAGAGAAAUGUCAUCAGAGGUAGCUUUUUCAGAGAGAGCGUUUAAUUGUUGAAAGCUGUGCAAUUAUCUUAAAUCUUUUUAUAAAACCUCUGAAACAUUUCAUGGAAGACCCAAAAAAGAUUGUUAGCGAGGCAUUCGACUGUAUGUGUUUCCUGUCAUGAAGUAAAAAUUAAAACCAAAAUGGGGAAUAUUGUUGUCAGAAAUGCUAAAGACAUGAACUUGCACAGUCAAGCUUUGAUCUCCUUUUUUUGUUAUUGUUUUUUUUUUUUUAAUGGGUAUGCAUUGAAAGCUUGAAGCUUGAAAAAUGUAAGAGAGUUCCCUCCCUCCUGCCUCGACAGAGGAGUCCUAGGUAGAAUGUGCUUGUUAUCACAAUGGACUUACCUGUUUUUUAGAGUUUAGGUUUCUUCUUACGACUAAAAUCUUGCGCUAUUGACUCUGUUUAAAAUAACUAGCCCUGGCAGUUUGAAAGGCAGUGUUUCCCUUUGGAAUCUGGCUGCAUGUUGCCUUCACAAAGAGGCCUUGUAACUGAGGUCAUCUUGUAAUGGAAAAAAAUGGAGCUGACCAUGACAUUGCUAUGGAAGGAUCUAAUGAUUUGUUCGUAGGGAACUGUAAUAGUCCAGGAGAGUCAGAAACAAAUGAUCAGGUUUUUCAGCAUCUAACCUGCAUGGAUUCCAGGGAUCCAUUGUUUGGACAGAGUGACUCUCCCGCAGCCUUGCCCAUCACAGUACGCCUCUCGGGCAGUUCUCGAUCAUCGUCUGUGCCCGUGCGGCCACCCCAGCCGCAGCCUCGCUCUGCAGAGGAGUUCCACCUGGUAGACCAACCCGGGCAGCCUCUCUAUGAGCUGCAGCCCCUAGGAGGGCCCAGUGCAUCGAUGAUGAUUGUUGCCAGCCAGUCAGAAAAUGGACAGGUGCUGCAUGUCAUUCCUUCUGCCCAGCCAGGAAUGGCCCAAGUGAUCAUUCCUCAAGGCCAACUUCUGGAUGUGACCAGCACACAGGAUGUUUCAGAAGAGAAGUGUGGUGAUGGGAACUUGCAGACUGUGGCGGUGGCUGCUAUAGCAGACAGUGCAAGCAGUUACAUUCUACAUCCACAGGCAUCUCUCACCGUAUCAAAAAAAACAACCACCAGGGUAGUGGAAGAUCCCUUUCCUGUCCCUCUCCAGCCAUUGCCACCAAAUACGCCUGCAUGGGCACGCCGUCUCAGGAACUGUGAGAAAAUUGGGGACUCGUACCGCGGCUAUUGUGUGAGCGAGACAGAAUUAGAGAGCGUUCUAACGCUACACAAGCAGCAAACACAAAGUGUGUGGGGGACGCGCCAGUCUCCAAGCCCAGCCAAACCUGCCACACGGUUGAUGUGGAAAUCUCAGUAUGUCCCAUAUGAUGGGAUCCCCUUUGUCAAUGCAGGAAGCAGAGCCAUUGUAAUGGAGUGCCAAUAUGGACCAAGGAGGAAAGGGUUCCAGCCCAAAAAAGCUGGUGAGCAGGAAAGCAUCUCUGGCCAUCUGUACAAAGCCACUUGUCCAGCAAGGAUCUAUAUUAAAAAGGUUCAAAAGUUUCCAGAAUACAGGGUUCCUACUGACCCUAAAAUUGACAAGAAAAUCAUAAGAAUGGAGCAGGAGAAAGCAUUCAACAUGCUGAAGAAGAACUUGAUAGAUGCUGGCGGUGUCCUCAGGUGGUAUGUACAGUUACCCACUCAGCAAGCCCACCAAUAUCAUGAAAUGGAAACUUCCUGCCUCCCUUCUUCACCCUCCCAUUUGUCUGUGUCUUCUCCUGAGGAGGAGGAGGAAGUUGUUAGAGAUGAGAACUGUACUCUGCCUUCCCGACUUCAUCCUCAAGUGGCAGACAAGAUCCGAGAACUGGUGUCUCAGGGAAUAGAGCAGGUCUAUGCAGUGAGGAAGCAACUAAGAAAGUAUGUGGAAAGAGAAUUAUUCAAGCCUGAUGAAGUGCCAGAAAGACAUAACCUGUCCUUCUUCCCCACUGUGAAUGACAUCAAGAACCACAUUCAUGAAGUGCAGAAAUCCCUGAGGAAUGGCGAGAUGGUGUAUAAUUCAGAAAGUAUCCCAGCAAUGCUGCAGUGGACCACAGACAGUGGGAAUGUUCUCACAGAGACAGUGACUGUCACAUUUGCCUCACCACCUUCAGAUGGGAGCUCAGCAGGGGAGUCAGUUGUCACCAAAGCAGAAUCCAACCAGAGCGGGGAGUCCUUACUACCAGAAACAGCUCAGCUGUUGUCUUCACUCUCUUCAAUUCAGCCCAAGAUAUUUGCCCAACUUCAGGGAUUACAGCUGCAGUCAACUUUUACCUCCACAAAUGGAUCAACAGCCCUGAUAGCUGUAAAUAACCAUUCCCCUCCCAGCCCUGCAAGUCUCCUGGAUUCCAUAGGGAGUGCAAUAACCAGCCAUUCUCUAGUACUCAGUCAAGGACACAGUCUGCAAGCAGGUGCUGGCCUAACACAGCAUAGCACUGCUGCCUCUGCUUUUGGGACUCCGCCUGGCUGUGAUCAGAGUUUGGUCACCAUGGGCCAGUUGAUAGCAGUUGGAGGAGUAGAUGACUCCAGAAGCCUAGAAGGAGGAGUUCAUCAGAUUCUCCUGGGAGAUGUACACACUAUUCCAGUACAGAUUGUGGACAGCCAUCCAGCACUUACUGAAGAAAAUACAGAGGGCAUUACCUGUGUGAGCCAAGUUAAACAAGAGCCAAGAGAAAAAGCAUUGUCUAUGGAGCCAGAUAAAAUCAGAGACUGCCAUAGUUCCUCACCUAUUUAAAUCUGUGAAGCCUAGAAGGAUUUUUCAAAUCGGAGAACUCUAAACGUCUUGGAAGGGAAGGCAGGUGCUCCCAAAGUAAUGCCAUUCUUUUUAAGUCGUAUUGUGACAUUCAGAUUAGGCAUAUUUUACACUAGUUCUGAUGGCCAGCUGUUUUGAUUUAUGACUGAUGUGGCUCGCUGCCAAUUCCAGGUCAUUCAGUUGCCCUGUGGAACACCACCUUUCUCUUCUGUUUCAAGUUUUGAGUAAUUUGGAUGCUAUCCAAAUGGCCCAUUUUGGUCAACAUUUCUGAAGGUCUUCCACAGUUUAAUUCCUUAGCUUUAAAAUGUGGAUCAUGUGCUGGGUUUGCUUUUCUCCUUGAAACCCUCGACUGUUACGGCACUACAGAGACCAUAGAAUCUGCCAGCUCCAAGACCACAGAAUCCAACAGCAAAGUGUAUCAAUACAGCAAUGGUUUUGUGACAAAACGAAGGUCCAAGAUGCUAAAUUUCAAAGUGAUGAAGGAUGUGGAUGCUUAAGAAAAUGCAACUUUGACCUGAUCAUAAUGUUAAUGGUGUGAAGAUCAAGGAGAGGAGAAAGAACAGGAAGCAUUCCAAACUGUCCUUCAAAACCACCAUGUUCAGAGCCUCAAAGGUUUGGCACUUUUGUUCCUCUGUAGGUGAUCUUCCAUCUGUGCUGCAAAUCACUGUGUUCAGGGUCUUCCACAAAAAAAGAACAGCACUUAUAGAACCAAACUUGCACAGGGGAAGGAGUGGGGUGGGGAACAGGGAUGACACCAGAAUCCUUACUUACCACCUCUCCCAUCACAUGAGGGCACUUCCUUUUAAUUUGCAUAAUCUGACCUGGUCACUUGAUGGCAUGUCAAUAACAAUAUCUGUAAACCAUAGUUUGUUUAUAAACAUCUGUGUCACAUCAAAUCUAGAUAUGACAGAUUUUCUUUGUGCUUGGAAUUUGCAUUGGUUUAGUGAAACCAAUGGUGUCAAAUGGUCAAGUCUCAAGAAUGGACAGAGCCUUCAGCUGUGAAUUUGGUCUUAAUCUGAGCUCUAACUGACCUAGGGAGAAAUUCUGAGGCUGUGCCCAUGUGUUCUGCAGCACUUGUUGAACAGAAGAAAAACCUUCAGUUUCUUCCAGCUCCCAAGAAGAGCUGCGUUUGUGUUUCUACCUGAUGCAGAGCUGCUCAUAUUUAUCUCAUGGAAUUCUGCUCUCCAGCUUAAGGGAAGACAAAGGUCUUCCUGUAUGAAAACUUGAUGGUCAGUGUACAUAGUCUAAGUGAAUUGGGCGCACCUAGAACAGUCACCCUCAAGCAUGCUGUAAUUUAAGCUGUGUUAGGAAUGGAAGCUGGUACAAGGAAUAAGCAACUGAAGAAUAUAAUAGUAAAAGUAGGCAUUCGUGCUCUUCACAUAGUAUCCUCCUCACACAGUGCCUUUUCUUAAACAUCUUGAGAGAAACACUGGUCAGCAGUGGGAAGAAAACAAAUCUCAAUUUCCGCUCCCCCAGCUUACAGUUUAACAGUGGUUUUGCUAAUUUAGCCACAAAUUCGGCCUAAAAAAUAUCUUCUAUUCUAGAUCUAAGCGUACAGUGUUUAAUUCCUGAAGGACCGUGCUAAAAAUUCAGUUGUGCUUUGUCAGGUCACUGUUCUUAUAGACAUAAAUUUAACUUUUUCUCACAGAUGUUUCUUUUAAAGCUAAAAUUAAAUGGGAGAGAGAAGUGGAAAUUAAUUAUUUAUGUUUCUUACAGAUGACACUCCUCAGUUUGCUGAAGUGUGCAGGUGUUUCCUCCUUGACUUCUACUUUUAGCUCUUAGUUCACUAUGUGUUGGAUGUUUUCUCAGGAUCACUUACCUCUGAGAGUACUCCAGAUAAUCAGCAAGAGACCAGAAUGGAGAACAGAAGAGGAAGUGAAGUUUGUAAAAAGCUGCUUGCAGGAGAUAGAAAGCUCUCAAAGUUACAGCUCAAGAUUGCAGUUUCUUCUGGCUGAAGUGGUUCACUUUAAAUGGUAAAUUUAAAGUUAAUUUAAAGAUGUGUCCUGCAGUGGCCCCACUGCAGGACACAGCUGAGGUCAUCAGUGAAGCUGGUUGCACCUCUGUGAAAGUAUAUUUAAGAAAGGGCAAAAUGCUGCCCAGCAGAGAGGAGUGAAGAAGAAAGUGAGAGAAACAGUCUUCUGAACAUCAAGGUUGGAGAAGAAGGAGAGGGAGGAAUUGCUUCAGGUGCUGCAGCAGGUAUUUCCCUGCAGCCCAUGGAGGACCUCAUGCCGGAGCAGGUGGAGAUUUCCUGAAGGAACUGCAGUCCACAGAGAGGAGCCAUGCAGGAGCAGGCUUAUGCUGAAGGACUACAGGCUGUGGAGAGCCCACGCAGGAGCAGGCUAAUGCUGAAGGACUGCAGCCUGUGGAGAGCACCCAUGGUGGAGCAGGGGAAAAGUGUGAGGAGGGUGGAGUGAUAGAAAGGAGCUGUUACAGACUGACUGCAACCCCCCAUUCCCCUUUGCCCUGCACUGCUUUGAGUGGGAGGGAGGUAGAGGAGUUGGGGGCUGAAAGUGUGAAGUUGAGCCUGGGGAAUGAGGGGAGCAUGAGGGGAAGGUGCUGUUUUAAUUCGUAUUUGUUUCUCAGUAUUUUAAUCUAUUUUAAUUGGCAAUAAAUUAAAGUAAUUUUCCUCACAUCAAAUCAAGUACUUGAAAUUUAUAUCUGGACUCAAGUCACAGUGGAAAGUACUUACUGAUUUCUCUUUGAUCACUGCAAGCCAUUAUUGCCUUUAAUUUUUUAAGUAGGACACAACAUGGAUCAAAUUUUAAUUUUUAAGAAGUCAUUCUGUGUGUAGAAAGGAGUGCAUCUUGUUUGAAUCAGGAGUUGCAUUUCUGGAUGUGUUCUGGUUAGGCCUUUCAAGUUCUGCUUAUUCACCUUUUCACUAGAGUAAAUCUCAGCUGCAGAGUCUACUCAGGAACAGGUCUAAUCCAUUACAUUUCUGCUGGAAAAGGAUACCAGCCAUAUUUUUACAGGUUUGAGCAUGGGAGAAUCAUUUGGAGGAAAAGAUGAUGCUCCAGCAGUAGAUUCUACUUUAUCUACCUUGGUAGUGGUGUUCUUAGAGAUGUUAAGGAUGCAGCAUCUUCACGGCAUUAUAUCUAGCUGUGCUUCAGAAGGGGGCAAAGUUUGGGGUGAGUGGCAUCUUUGGUGAAAGCAGUGUUAAUCUUGGGAAAAGAAAUAAGCAGAGUUUGGGUAUGAGAUUUAUACCCCUGUGCUUUUCAGAGAUUAUUUUCCUGAAUGAGAAGGGAACUUUCUUUAGAAGGUAAGUUUUGUAUGUGGGUUCUUAUACCACCUACCAAAAAUAUCUGGCACUGGCCACCAAGGGUGUCUAGACCACCAAGGGUGUCUACUAGGUGACAUGACACACUUAAUGGUUUCUAAUAGGGGCACUGUUUGGAAUACAAAAUUGAUGGAUAUCUUCCUAGCAUUAGCUAAAUUAAUCUUUAAUUUCUUCCCCUCUCUUCACAUCUCUCUCUGAGAGGAAGAUUCUCUGUUAAAAGGAACAUGGUGAAUAGUUAGUUGUCUGUAUGGAGGACACAAAGCUAUUUGUGGUAGAUAAAGAAGACUUCUUUGAUAAUAAAUUAGAUGAGCUUCAGAAACAAUUGCACUGUCAUAACUUCAUCAAGUAAUUUCUUCCAAUUAUAUCACUCACUUUUGAUUAUUGUCUUACUGUUUGCUUAUUGUAUAAUCUAUUCGAUAAGCUUUCCUGACUAUGUCAAGGCCAUAGGAAAAAAUGCAUGUAACAAUUCUCUUUUCAAGUUCUGUGAAAGGGAAAGGAAUUCCCCAUUUUGGAACUCUUGGGGACAGCCAUGCUUGCUUAGCCACCAGCUGCUCUGGAAGAAUACAUGAUUAUCCAUGUUCCCUAGCUACCAAAAAAUCUUUUGCACUGAUAUACUCCAUAAAUUUGUGAACUUGAAUCAGGCAAAGUGAAUUUGGCAUCUUUUUUUUUCAAAAAAAAAAAAAAAAAAAAAAAAAAGGCAGGCAAACUACCCUGGAACCAAAUUUAGCAUCUUCAGGAGCUGUGACCUAGGGUUUAUUGGUUGCAAUAGUAAAAAGAUCAAUGUUUUCAUAGUGAAAUGUGGUUUUAUUCAGCCAGUUCAAUCUAUGAAAAAAGUGUUUCCAUUCGUUUUAUUUCAGACUUGUGAACUUUGCAAAAUUAUCUGAGAGAUCACUAGUGAGAUUAGCUAAUAACUGCAAAAUGGAAAAGUUUCACUGUGGACAGGUGGUAACAAAAGAUACCAUAAAGUCAGCCAGCAUAAUUAUCAUUAGUAAGGUAAGAUCUUUCAGACAUUAACUACAGGCUAAUACUUUUGGUGGUAUGCUGACACUUAUUCUGAUGCUGCAAACAAAAAUAGUGAUUAUAAGCCAUUGCAGAAAGAACUGGGAAAUAAAGCACUUUGGAAAGUA